AUUGUUUACAACAAAACAUGUGAUACUUAUAAACAACUGUUCAGACAAUGAAUGUCUUCACACAUUAGGUCUAAACCGCCGAUGAAUGCCAUGUCUUUGACGGACAGCACAGGCAGUGAUGGACUCGAGUCGGUGGCCAUCCAUGUGUUGCAUGUGUUGACCACAAGUGGUCUCCUCAUCAGUGAAGACAUUACUCUCUGCCAGACAUUAAUUGAUUCACAAUUGGAUUCAGACAUCACUUCUUCGCCACAAAACUCGUUGACUUUCAACACAAAUAAGACAGUAUUGGCUGUCAUCCCAUUGGCCGGCGCUCUGGUCUGGUUUGAGUCCACACUUGAGUCCACUUAUAGACCAGUGUUUGUAUCACUCGUUGGCAUCACUUCUUGGAAAUUAUUGUCACUUUUAUACCACUAUUUAUACAAAACUUAUUCUUUGAAGCGAUUUAUGACUAAAACACAG